GGGUGAUGCAUUUUUGGCUUCUGCUGGGGUCACUGCUCGGCCAUGCUCGUGCAGGCAUAGAUCUCUGAGGCAUUACGUAUUAUUGCCUCGGGAUCAGAGCUGAUCCCAUAUGGACCGGGACGACCACAGCAAUGCAGCACCAUCAGCACCAUCGGCACCAGCAGCACCACCCGCAUCGGCAGCACCAUCAUCGACUGACGACAGCAAGCCCGCCACCACUCCCCAGCAGCUGGAUCUCUUCGCGGGCGUCACCGGCGGCGGUCUGUUUGAGGAUGAGGAGGAGAGAAGGAGGAAGAAGAAGCAGAAGAGGGCCGUGUCGGAGGAGAAGCUCUUCGCCUUCACUCUCCUGGGCUACGGGGGAGCCGCCGCCGCAUCCAGGGUCCUGACGGCACCGCUCGACAGGGUCAAGGUCAUCCUCCAGUGCCAGGCGUGCUUCAGAGGCACCACCGUCACAUUCAACGGCCUCACUGAUGCUGCCACACGUGAGCAAUGCACGCAGACACGCACGGCAUGGCACCCUCAUCGACAUGCUAUGUUGGUCGUGUGUGUGUGUGUGUGUCUGCCUGUGUGUGCAUCCGCCAUGGAUCAGACAUAUGGCGCCACCAGGGCUGGCGCGCCUUUUGGUGGGGCUUCAGCCCGCACAUGUGGAACGUGUUCGUCGGCACGGGUGUGCGGCUGCUGACCUACCAGAAGCUCCGGCUGUUUUUCUUGCCCGGCGGCGAAGAUGCGCACCACGGCGCGGAGCUGGUUGUGCGCGAGACUGGCUGCUUCAUCGGCUCGAGCUCUGUCGCCCUGCUUGUGUCUUAUCCGUUCGACGUGCUCUUCACGCGUCUGGCCACUGACGGCGGGCGGCCCGGUGCGAUGCACAAGCGGACCUUCAAGGGCCUCUGGCACUGCAUCUGGACCACUGUACAGACGCAAGGUGGGUGUGGUACUUGAGUGGGUGGAUGCUUCCCUGCUGGAUGGAUGUAUGGGUUUCACUCGUUCAGGCUUCUCGCCCUUCUAUCGAGGGUGUGGGUUCUGCAUGGCGUCGAGCGUGCCCUUCCUGUUCGUCGCACUGGGUGCCGCCCGUCUGUAUGAGGACCACAUCCUCACCCGCAUCCAGCCAGCACGCACCACGCCAUCGCGCCCAUCUACGUCGACAUCAGGGGAUUUCCCCCCGACCGAUCAGAAGAUGGUGGAGCGGUCGAGCGUCGAGCCGCUGCGGUGGUACCCGUGGAACCUGCUGGGCGGCAUGGCCUCAGGACUGCUCGCACAGACCGCAACCUACCCUUUAGACACCAUCAGGUAAAUACGUACGCAUGUCAGCCGCGUUGCGUUACAAGGAGAGGGGAGUGCUGUGCUGGUCAUGUUGCGUGUCGUGCGUGUAGGCGUCGUUAUCAGUAUGACGGGUCCAGUCCGUGGAGCGAUCCGCCGUGGACGCGACAGUUCGCAUCGAUAGCCGAGUGCGCACGGGUCAGCCACCCAUCAAUCCACCCACCACUCACUCACUCAAGAGAAGAGGUGUGCAUGUUGUGUGUCCAAUUGUCAGCAUUCGUGUCGGCGCGGGUUGGGUGAUUUGUACAGGGGCGCGGGUGUGAAUGCGCUCAAGGUGGUGCCCGAGGCCAUGGUCAUCUGCUGCCUCUACUGGAUCAUCAAGACCAAAAUACCUCCAUAAUGAUCAACUGGAUGAUCAAGAUGGCUCAUUUAGUUGUUGGAUGAUCAAUUCACGUAGAUGAAUGAAAUGGACAGAGAAA